CAGCAGGAGAGGCUUUCCUUCAAGCUGUUAGUGUUUUAUCCUGGCAGGCUCCUCGAGGUUGUUGUGAGGAGUCUAGCCAGUUGGUGAGCUUUGUAAUCUAAACCAGCUGUCCCCAGGCUGAGGCCCCCAUUUGCAUUGUUUAACAUACUUAGAAAAUGAAGUGUUCAUUUUUAACAUUCCUCCUCCAAUUGGUUUAAUGCUGAAUUACAGAAGAGAACUAAGCAAAACCAGGUGCUUUCUCUGUAUUCUCUCCAGUGUCUGAGGAGGUACAGACUCCCGAUCUUCUCCAUUACUUGUUAUUUCAUUCUUUGGACUAUAAAUGACGGAGGAACUGAAGUGCUAGCAGAGGGUAAUGUUUGGAAACACUUUCUAGUUAUUCGUCAGCGCAGACUCUGUUUUUUUUCCACCUUUCCUCAACAGUUUUGGACAUGCAAGGAUUAAAAAGGAUACUGACUGCUUUCACAUUGGCCGUCUGCCUCUCGAGCCCUGGAAAAGCACAGCAGCAAUGCAGUAAUGGCUUUGAUCUGGACCGUGCUUCUGGGCAAUGUUUAGACAUCGACGAGUGUCGGACCAUUCCCGAGGCCUGUAGAGGAGAUAUGGUGUGUGUCAACCAGAAUGGUGGCUAUUUAUGCGUACCCCGAACAAACCCAGUGUAUCGAUCACCGUAUCUGAAUCCUUAUUCAAAUAUUUAUCCACCGCCCCCAGCACCAGGCGCAGUUCCUAACUACCCUACUGUGACAAGACCUCUGGUUUGUCGCUUUGGUUACCGGGUGGAUGAAAACAAUCAGUGUGCUGAUAUUGAUGAAUGCGCUUCAGACUCCCACCAGUGUAACCCCACCCAGAUCUGCAUAAAUACUGAAGGGGGAUACACCUGCUCCUGCACUGAAGGCUACUGGCUCUUAGAAGGCCAGUGUUUAGACAUAGAUGAAUGUCGCUAUGGCUACUGCCAGCAGCUGUGUGCCAACGUCCCCGGCUCCUAUUCCUGUACGUGCAAUCCAGGCUUUACCCUCAAUGAUGAUGGAAGGUCUUGCCAAGAUGUGAACGAAUGUACGGGUGAAAACCCUUGCACUCAGACCUGCGUCAAUACUUACGGCUCUUUUCUGUGCCGCUGUGAACCUGGCUACGAACUGGAAGCUGAUGGAGUUAACUGCAGCGACAUGGACGAAUGCAGCUUCUCCGAGUUCCUUUGCCAGCAUGAAUGUAUGAAUGAGCCUGGUUCUUACUACUGUGUCUGUCCUUCGGGCUAUAUUCUGCUGGACGAUAGCAGAAGCUGCCAAGAUAUCAAUGAAUGUGAAAACAGAAACUUCACCUGCACUUCACAGCAAACGUGUUUCAAUAUUCAAGGAGAUUACAAAUGUUUAGAUCCAGUCAGAUGUGAGGAACCUUAUCUCCAAAUUAAUGAGAAUCGCUGUAUGUGCCCAGCUGAAAACCCUGGUUGCAGAGAUCAGCCCUUCACCAUCUUGUACCGAGUCAUGGAGAUGGUGUCCGGGCGGUCUGUGCCUUCUGACAUCUUUCAGAUGCAAGCAACAACUCGCUACCCUGGAGCCUAUUACAUCUUCCAAAUCAAAUCAGGGAACGAGGGCAGGGAAUUCUACAUGCGGCAAACGGGACCGAUCAGUGCUACCCUGGUGAUGACCCGUCCCGUGAAGGGACCCCGUACUAUUCAGCUGGACUUGGAAAUGAUCACCGUUAACACCGUCAUCAACUUCAGAGGAAGCUCCGUCAUCCGGCUGAGGAUAUACGUAUCACAGUACUCGUUCUAAACCUUGAGUUUGUGCCCUUGAAACAUUGGAAAAGACCUAACUCCUCCUGUGCAGAACUCUGUCAGUACAUAUAGCAGCUCGAAACCAGAUCAGUGUUACCACAGAUCCAGUGACCUAAGCCAGUCUGAGGAGGGAGGCCUCUCCGUGCACAGCCUCUGCCAGGAUACAGACAUCCAAAGAUGUAUUGUCAGCAGAUCCCAUAUGAUUCUCUCUGUGGUUAUAUAUUUUAAGAACUCUUUUUUUUUUUUUCUCCAUUGUAAACAUUUCUAGAGUAUGAGUCUAUGUUUGAAAGACUGUGAACCUUUGUAGCUCCAAGGCUGCUUAGCAAAAAGCACCAAAGAAACUGAGGAAAAAGCUGGCUUUUGCAAUCUUACUCUUUUCACUUUAAAAGGAAAGCAGACAGACAAGCAGAAACCAAAAGAAAAAUGCCACUUCUUGAAACAAGGGAUCUCAGAAGUGCUAACUUAUAUACCCAAGUAACUCUGGAAUUAUCAGUCAGGCAGUUUGUCUCAGUUCAUCUUGCAUUUGUCUUAGUUUCAUCUGUUUUUCUUUCAUUCUAUUUUAUAGCUAAAAUUCAUUGUAAAUUCAUUCCAAAAUACAUGUUGUACUAUGUAAUCUUCUACUUUCUAACAAAAGUGUCACAUGUUUGGGUUCUUUACUGUAUUAAAUCUUUCUAUAUAAUAGAGAACUUAGAAAUCUAUCACUGGAUGUUAUAUUUUACAAUGUUUAGGGUGGUAUGUUUAUUUGCACUUAGAUUCUUCGACACAGGUUUCCACUGGCAGAAUAAUGUCCA